ACCGUUCAAGUUUUGUUGCGCUCAUCUAAGCUUUAACAAUUUAAUUUAAAUAAACGGAGAAACAAUUCAUAUAAUUAUUGCAGAGUUAAAUAUAUGUACGUUAGGGAAGAAUGUGUCGCCUCAAAUUCGUUGUCUUUCUGGCUUUGGUUUACCAAAUCAAAGCUUUCAAUAUUUCGCCGCGUCCGAGCGUAGUGAUAAAUUAUCCGUUAAAUUCCAAUUUAAGUAGUUCCGAGAGGCGAAGCUCAUAUUUUGGAUAUUCUGUCGUAAUUCGCAAUACCAGCAUCAUAGUGGGAGCUCCCCGAGCUGAAUCAACCGAGGAUUCGCAGAAGGAAAUCGACGAGCCGGGGGCGAUCUACAAGUGCCUUCUGACCAGCGGUGCCUGCAAGCCGUAUAUCCUAGACGCUCAAGGCAAUAUUAAUAACUACAGAAAUACGUGCCUCACCAACAACUUCGAGCGCAAGGGCUCUCAAUGGCUGGGAGGAUCAAUGGACGGAGGAACAAGGGAUACUGACAAGUUGAUCGUGUGUGCUCCUCGAUUUCGAGCAGAAAGCGGUGAAGAUUAUCACAUGAUUGGAGUAUGCUACUGGGUACAGAACACAAGGAGUGAUCUCGAGACUCCCGAUCACGUCACUCGUAUUUCUCCACUCCGCAUGAAAGCGAAGCAGGUCAUCGAGGAGGAUAUUGAUAAGGGCACAAAGGGAAGUUUCCUUUACAUACAAGGCGAAAUGGGACUAAGUGCCCAUGUGACGGACGAUAACUCCAGAUUUCUGAUCGGAGCCCCAGGUAUUGACAACUGGAAAGGAUCGGUGAUCCUUGACUAUCCUGAGGACAAUUCGUCAGUAAAUCACCUAACAGUUCAGAACUAUACAACCAAUUGUCUUUGGGAGCACAAUAAAACGAUAGUCCCAGAGCCACAAAGUUGGAACCAGACCGAGGACUCAUACUUUGGCUAUGCCGUGAGCUCCGGCUAUUUUGACAGCUCCAAUCCAUCUACACUGCUCUACGUGGCCACUGCUCCUCAGGCCAAUCUGCAGUCCGGCGAGGCCUACAUUUUUAGCUUGGACGAUAAUGGAAAAACCAUACACAAGUUGCACCGCUUCCGUGGCCAACAAUUUGGCGAAUACUUCGGCUAUUCCAUUUUAGCGGAGGAUCUGAAUGGAGACGGAAUGACAGACGUCAUCAUUUCAGCCCCGCAGUACGCUCCGCAGGAUGAGGACUCCUACGACAGCGGCGCAAUCUAUGUGUUUAUUAACAAAGGCUCUUUUAACUUUGAGCAGACUAUUAUUCAUUCGCCAGUGGGCAGUGAGGGUCGAUUCGGAACAACUCUAUCGCGACUAGGCGAUAUCAAUUUAGAUGGAUUCAAUGACGUGGCCGUGGGAGCUCCCUUUGCCGGAAACGGGUCGGUACUCAUUUACCUGGGCGGCGAACAUGGAUUGGAAGAUUCUCCGAGCCAGCGACUGGAUGCUCCUUUGCAUUCACCUUCUUAUUACGGAGCUGACAUGUUUGGCCAUGGCUUAUCCCGCGGAUCCGAUAUAGAUAGUAACGGAUUCAACGAUUUCGUUAUUGGAGCACCGAAUGCGGAAGUCUCUUAUCUGUACAAGGCCUAUCCAGUUGUAAAAGUAAUUGCAACAAUUAAUUCGGAAUCUCGGGAGAUCAAAGCGAGUAGGGAAAAUUUGAACAUCACUGCCUGUUACAGACUGGAUACCAAGGCAAAGAAAAUGCAGCAGCAGGAUCUAAACAUCCGGAUUACUAUAGACACACAGCUGCAGAGGUUUAAAUUCUUCAAAAACCAGACAGAGGUGAACUUCACGGCAACUGCGGGUCUGGAAAACAGUUGCAAAAGCUUUGAGGUUCAGGUUCUUUACAACGAAAAGGACUUAUUUACGCCCAUCGAUUUGGAGAUGCACUAUGAACUCACAGAGACGGUUUCCGAUAAGGAGGAGUUUUGCGAAGCCUGCGCGGUUGUUAAUCCCAAAGAUCCAAAGGUUUCUACGCAGAAAUUAAUCUUCAGCACGGAUUGUGCCUCUGAUAUUUGUGUUGCUGACUUGCAUUUAAGGAGCAAGAACGUGAGUCCCACUUAUAUUUUGGGAAGUGCCGAUACGCUCCGUUUGAAUUACGAGAUCACCAACAGUGGAGAGACCGCCUACCUGCCCCAGUUCAACGUGACCAGCACUUCGCGACUGGCUUUCGCCCAGGUCCCUGGAAACUGCAAGGUCUUCGAGGCAGUCAUGGUGUGCGACCUGAACAAUGGACGAUCUCUGGCCAACGGUGACAGCGAUUCGGUGACCAUCAGCUUUGAGGACAGCCAAUUCAGCGGACAGUCGCUAGUCAUCCAGGCAGAAGUAUUCAGCACUGGCUUCGAAAAGAAUCCCACGGACAACAUUCUGACGAGUGAGAUAAGUUUCAAGGAGUUCACCGAUAUCGAUGCCACCGGCGGUCCGAUCAACGAUCAAGUUGUUCUCAAAAAGGAGCCUUACACCGCGGAAAUCAUCAACAAUUACGAGAUCAAAAGCCACGGCCCCAGUAUUAUCAAGGAGUUAGCGGUGUCCCUUUACAUUCCCGUUUACUAUAAAGCUGCUGAUUCCAUAUCAGCCAUACCCAUCAUACACAUAUCCAGCCUAAAGAUGCAGGCCAAUUAUGGUUCUCAGACGUUGCCCAUACAACUCUUCGACCAGAAUAACACCACCUUAUCCACAACCCGAAAGCAAAGGGAUGUCGAUCGUCUGAAUGCCCAUCAAGAGCACAAUUCUAGCAUAUCCGAUCUCCAGACCGACGAAGAGGAAAGUCUACCGAUAGAAAACACCAUUGUUCUAAACUGUCUGGAUAACAAACAGACGAUAUGCGUGCGAGCUGAAUUUCGACUCAAAUUUAUUCCGGAAACGCCAAUAAACCUAAGCUUAAGCUUCAAUGUGGAUCUGAGCCAGGUGGAGGAUUCCUGGGAGUACUUCGUCAUCCAGACCAAUCUGGGACUGCUCAAGAAGGGGGAUCCCAGAUCUAGUUCGUUCAAGCUUAACAAGAAGAUCAAAUCGAAUGUAAUAGGCAAGGUCAUUACGUUGGCCAUCUGGAAAAUAAUAUUGUCCGUGAUUGGAGGAUUGUUACUGCUCGCUGCUUUAACGUAUGGUCUUUACAAGUCUGGGUUCUUCAAACGCGCCAAGAAGGAAGAACUAAAAGAGUAUAAAAGAGAUAUAUCUCGAAAGAGUAUUGAGGAGCUAAAUGAAAUUGAGGAGUUGGAGGAGAAUAACAUGGUCGAGUUUCUAGAGGAAGUUUCCAUCUAA